CUCAUUCCCCUGUUGCGGCUCCUGUUCCCAAGCCAGGAUGUUAGGUUCCAGAGUGGGCGUGGGCUAGAACACUCUGUCCUUCUGGAUGUUUUGGCUCUAAUUUCCACCCCAAAUGGGUGUUGCCCCUCUCCUUUUUCUUGGCCAACUUCUCUUUGACCAAUAUAAGCGCAUGCUGGAGGCUGGUGGGCAGUCAUGCAUUUUAUGGCAGGCCCUACACACAGCCGGAGUCUGGGGCCCCUGGGCCUCCACAGCACCCCCCACGCUCUGUACAUGGUCCUCUUAACAGUGCUGGUCGUGAUGAGCUUGGUGUUUGGUAAAACUGAUCCUGUCAAUGAAGAGCCCCCUUAUCCAGCUGAGUUCCCCAAAUACCUGCGCUGCUAUCGGUGCCUCUUGGAGACCAAGGAGCUGGGGUGCCUGCUGGGAUCUGACAUCUGCCUGGCCUCUCCUGGCAGCAGCUGUAUGACUCUCUUCAUCAAGAACAGUAAGCUGCCUUCUGUGUGUCUGGGGCCCAGAACUGAGUCCCUACAUUUCCUAGCCCCAACUCUCCGACACUGCCCAGCACCGACUCUCUCCUUCAGAGCCAGUCCCUGUCUCCACCGCCACCGCCACCGCCACCGCCACCGCCACUGCCUGCCCUUCUCAGCCCACAGCUGAGUGUCCCCCCCUCCGCAGGCGCCAGCCUUGAGAUGGCCAGCUACCUCUUCCCGUCUCCUUCACAGAGUCUUGCCUCAUUCUCCUUCACCCUUAAGGGUUCAUGUUCUUUGGCUAUCUUCCCGUUUCACUCUCCCACAGGAACUUAUCUGCUUCCCUGGCGUCCGCACAGCCACAUCACAGUCUGAGCGGUGGCCACACUGCCCAUCAAAUUGCCCUCUGGACACCUCCCCUCAACUUUCCACUUCCCCCAAAUUGUCCAUCCCUUUGUUCUUCUACCUGGCCGCUCACCUUCUUAGUUAACAAACCCUAACACAGCCUCUGGGCCAACCACUGUGCUAGGCACUUACAGGCCUCUGAGGUGUUCCCAGCUG